AUGAACUUUGUCGCUGGGUAUGGCUCAGACUCGGACUCGGACUUGGAGUCGGACGCGCGGCCAACUCGGUCGGUGGCUGCGUCCUCCACGAAGCCUGCGAGCAGUGCCAGCAGCUCUACACAGUCACCGGUGAUAGCAACGGCAGGCGCAGCAGCAGCAGCAGCAACAUCGGCGGUUCAGCAGCCAGUCAAGAAGCAGACGUUGGCGGAAAAGCGGCCAAGACUUGCUCACUGCUCCAUCCGCGACUGCUGCUCGCCGAGUAAGGGAACGCGGCUGCUGAUGGUGGAUGCUGACUCAAUGGUGCUCGUGCCUGCGAGUGGCACUGUCGGUGUGCUCGCGGCGGAGAGAAACGCAGACGGCUCUGCAUCAGACUCGGACGACGAUGCCGAUUCAGCACAGUCACGCAGUGUCAAAAAGUCACGCGUCGAUGGCCCAUUGACGGGCUUGUCUGCCAUGCUCCCGCCUCCGAAAUCCAGGUCGGGCGCUGCCUCCUCUGCCAAGCCCACGGCUACCCCCGCCGCCGCCACAAGUCGGUCAUCAUCUAGCUCUGCGGCACCUCCGUCGAAAUUCGUGGCUGUACCGCACUCGUUGCGCACGGCGGCCGCCGCCUCCUCCUCAAAAGUUGCUGCUGCCUCGGCUCGACGUGCCGACAAUUCGGACGACGAUGUGACCGGUCCAUCAUACACGGAUGCUGUAACAGGACCAUAUAGCGACGUCACAGGCCCGUAUACCGACGUGACAGGGCCGUAUACGGAUGUGACAGGACCAUAUAGCGAUGUCACAGGACCAUACGCUGAACUGGGCUCCGACCUUACCGGCCCGUAUCCUGACGAGACUCAGGCGGCUGGUCCUGCCUAUGGCGCACAAGCGCUUCCCCAGCCAACCUACGUAUCUCCACUAGACUUGAACAUGUCUGAACAGGAUCUGCUUCGACUCGAAGGACGCAAGCGGACGGGCCGAAUGGGCUUGGCAAACAUCCAGAUUGUGGACGCUGACGCCUCAUCUGUCAUGACGGACGAAUGGCGUGGCCAAGUCCUCGACCCGCUCCUUCUUGCGCAGGCCAAUGUCAAGGUCAACGCGUCGUCGCGACAAAAGAGCAGGCACCAGCUCACCUACUUGGCUCAACAAUCCAAGGCAGACGAAGCUCGCAUGCUGUUGAAUAAUGAACGAGCGCGAGCAGGUCGAGAAGCGUCUCGCAACAUGUAUGGGUUUUGA